GUAAAACAAUUUUAAUUAGGGGUUCCCUAGCUUUUGUUAAUCCCAUGUAAUUCUCUAGUCUAAUCUGAACCGGUGUAGUGUCGGCUUUUGUCUCCCGCCAUUGAUUUACUGUGCAGCGCGCGAGUUUGACGUCUGUGGCGCUAAUAUAACCUGAAAAAGAAUGACUUAAUUUCAUUUAAUUUCAUUGAAGGGUUUAUAUUUAAUAAAGGAGAACUGGAUUCGUCUCGAGCAGAAAAUCACUAGAUGGUUGCAAAUGCUGAACUAGAAAAGGAAGAAAGUUGACAAACUAGAAUAGAAAUUAAUUUGUACAGAAAAUGUUACCAAACUAAAAUGUAGAAACAUAUACAAUGAAAAUAAAUUACAUACAUAAAUAUAGUAAUAAAAAAAAAGUGCAGAAUCUAAUAAGCCAUGAAAAUAUAAACAUGUCUUCAGAGUUUUAGUUUCUGCUUUUUAUGUGUGGAAUUAAGUAAAUGAGGGGUUUAUCUUCAAAUCAAAGCUGAUGGACAUUAUCUGACUUGUAAUGGGACAUUUACAUGUCAGUAUGAAUUUAAAGUAAGCAGAGGGAAACAACAUAAUAUAUUACUUUAUGUUGAAAAAGAAACUCCUUGCCUAAAAAGAUAAUAUCACAAAUCUGUGAUUCUCCAGCACUUAAUAGUAGUAGUAAUACUUCUACUAGACGCUGUAAGAGCAUCGUCACAGAUUUCAUGCUGUUGGAAAAAUGUCAGAAUGUCAAAUCAAUCUGCAAAAAAGCUACGACGCAAAGAUCUACACAGAGGCUGUCUUUAUUUGUUUUUAAAUGCGCAGCCUGAGAUAAAUCUUUUUUUUUUUUCCACCAAUUUGGUUUUAUUCCACAUGAAUUGAACUAGUUCCUCUUUACUCAUCCUUCUCUUAUUUCAGUUUCUCUUUCCAUCAUGUCCGGUCGGCUUGCUGCAGCGUCCCCACUCAGCAGUGGAAAGGUUUGUUCAGGCUUCACUGAGCAAACUUUGACUCAAUUUACAAUCUCACGUUUUGUUGUUGUUGUUUUUUUUUUUUUCUUCCUCACACCAGAAGAAAUGUCAUCCAGGCCUAAAAAGAGGAAAUGGACAGAGCUGAUGGAUGCAGAGCAGAACAGCCAGAAGAAGCAACUGCAGGCUCCUCAAAACAGCAAGAGGAAAGGGUUCAGGACGAUGAAGAAGCUGCUGCUGGACGUGGACUGUGGCGUGGACGACGCUCAGGCUAUCAUGCUGGCGCUGGCCGCCCCCAAAGUGGAGAUCCUGGGCAUCACCUGCGUGCACGGGAACACCACGGUGGAGAACGUGUGCAAGAACGUUCUGCGGGUUCUGCAGACCUGCAAAAAGCCGAAGAUUCCGGUGUAUAAAGGUGCUGCUAAGUCCAUCCUUGGGAUCAAAGUCGGCGACGAAAACUUCCAUGGUAAGGAUGGCCUCGGAGACGCUCCCGACGCCAACGCUCCCGGGCUGGAAAAAAUCCAGGAGGAGAACGCCGUGUCGGCCAUAAUCCGGAUCGUUAAUAAGAACCCUGGAGAGGUGUCGUUGGUUGCCACGGGGCCCCUCACCAACUUGGCUCUGGCUGUGAGGAUGGAUCCGACUCUGCCGGGCAAACUCAAAGGACUCUACAUCAUGGGAGGGAACACUGAGUCACGAGGGAACACCACAGUGUGUGGCGAGUUUAAUUUUGCAGCUGACCCAGAGGCAGCGUACGUCGUGCUGAACGAUUACCAGUGUGAAACUCACUUGGCGUGCUGGGAGUUCACCUGCUACAACAAGCUGCCGUGGGAAUUCUGCGACGACUGGUUGGGUCAGGACAGCAACAAGGCUCGCUUCAUGGCGAAGAUCUUCCGCCGCAGUAUGGAGGAGUCCAAGAAAAACAGCGGCUGCCCGGAUUCCACAGGUUUCAUUUCCUGUGACUCGCUCGCCACGGCGGCCGCGGUGGACGACUCUUUCGUCACAGAAAGCGAUCGUUAUCCAGUCAGUGUUGAACUGGCAGGAACUCACACCAGAGGAAUGAUGAUAGUGGACACUCUGGGCCUGCUAAAUAAGACGCACAAAGCGUGUAUCAUGAAGAAAGUGGACAUGAAGAAGUUCGAAACGAUGAUGAUGGCAGCUUUGAAAUGACGUCUGCAACCUACCUAAGAAACUUAGUUCAAUCUGGAGAGACUCAAACGGAGAAAGAAGGCGAUUAAAAGAGUUUAAUGACAAAAUGAACAUGAAAAUAAACAAAGUCCUUUGGCGUUCAGGCCCCGGCCGGGGACAUCGAGCUGGACUUCGGGGCCUGUACUGGUGGCGGCGGUCGGAGGAAGAUGAGGCCUGAGAGCCGGGAGCAGAAGGUGGAGAUGGGGUGGAGGUGGGUUGAUCGCAGCUGGUGAGCAGACCUCCAUGUGCAGCUACAUAAAAAUAAUAAUAAAAAAAUUCCUUGUCUGGUGGGGGAAUUAUGAUUUACAUGCUGCAGUUGUAGAAACUGUCAAAGGUUUGACCAUUGUGGUUGAAGAGUUAACUUUCUAGAGAGACAAAGGUUUUGCACAAGCUCUAAACGGUUCGAACUUCAUCGCUCCUAUUUCAUUUUAUUUUUUUAAAGCCUUUUGCAGCCUUGCCACUUCUUUUCCAAUGUGGUACUGUGCUCUUAAGCUGCACUUCUCUUGCCGAGAUGUGCUGUACUGCAGUGACAACGAUUCGCCACCAGUGGGCACAUAGAGCACAGUGAGUAGCACUCCUGACUCAACGAGCCAACGACAAUUAAGCGCAGUAACGGCUGGUCAGCGAAGGCGCUCACUGUCGCUCCUUUGUUUCAACAGCGUUCAUCGAAAUAAAAGAACCUGCGCAAAACCACACUGAUUAAUUUUUAAGUGUGCAACAAUCGGAUACUAAACCAGUCUACAUGCCGAGCUGCAUCUGACAUGAGAGCGACCUCUGUACUUUAGAGAACCUGUUUGCUCUACAAAUGUGGACAGAAUCAAAUUAAAUUUUGUUUUUGUCAUUUCAAAAGUUUUCUGUAAUCUCUGGUCUAACUCGUUAAUCCCCGUCGAUAAACUGUACAUGUUGGAUGUUGUAUGUGAAACUUUUAAUAAAAAAGUAUGCUGAGACUUUUA